CUGAGGCGGCUCAGGACAGUCUAUUAGAAGUUGUUGAGACGUGACCGUUUAAGCAACAACUUGCGGCUAAUGGUUUACGAUGAAUUCUCCAAAGGGACCCGUUGCCCGUGAAACGACAGCGCACGAGAAAACGGACUCGGAAGGCGAGGAAAGUCAAAAGCCGAAAGAUAUGACCACUGACACGGGACAUAAAAUCAAGAAGAACUGCUUGCCGUUCAGUGUCGAAUCCCUGAUGGCGAAGUCAACCUGCCAGGUUGUGUGCUCUCCGGUUCUCCAGCAACCUUUCCCCCAGAGACUGGGACCGGACCUAAUACGGACUUACUUUGUGGAGAAAACGAAAGUUUCUGUGGACAGUUUGUCAAAUGCGUCGGACAGCUUACAGGAUGAAAGUGAAGAAUUGAGCGAUAAGGAACAGAGCACUUGGUUAAACUCGUCAUCUUUUGCGUCUCCCUCUCGUCACCCGAGCCCGCCGUGCCCCUUACGCAAGCACAAGACAAACAGAAAGCCCCGCACGCCCUUCAGCACCUCCCAGCUGCUCUCCCUCGAGCGCAAGUUCCGACAGAAACAGUACCUCUCCAUCGCCGAACGUGCCGAGUUCUCUAACUCCCUCAACCUCACCGAGACUCAGGUCAAGAUCUGGUUCCAAAACAGGAGGGCGAAGGCCAAGAGACUCCAGGAGGCCGAGCUGGAAAAGUACAAAUGCGCAUCAAAACCCAUUCUGGCACCGUUCGCGCUGCCGUUCCCUCUGGGAUCGCCAUCAUCUCUGUAUGGACCACCAGCCUCUUUCCCACGGCCUUUACCGAUGCCGGGACUAUUCAGCGGACCUGUGUCUUAUGGGAUGUAUUAUUUAUCCUAAAAACUUUUACCUGAUGGCUUCUUCCAAAGUCGGAAUGCUUUUAGAGACCUUAAAUUAUGUCCACCAUGCUGGCAAAUAUAACCUACCCCAGUGUAACAGAGGAAAAUCAAAGGGCAGUCUUUUGGUGAUACUUUAAAUUACAGUGUUUAUGUUACUCUAAAAGUACAUAUCCUAACUAAAUUUUUAGUAAUACUAAUUAUUAUGUAAUACUCUGAAUAAAAGGUUACAUUAGUAAAUAAGUUGACUUUUAUGCAAUAGGCCUAUUUGUAACAAAAGAACUGUAAUGCAAAGUAUUGCCUGUUUCAUCUGUUACAUUUCAUAAUUAUCGAGUCCGUAAAUCUCGAAAUCAUCCCUCAGAAAGGAAAAAGAACGGAAAGUAAACUCCUGUAUGUUUUAGUUUUUUAUUCCCUGUUGUAUAUUUACGUGCUCUUGUAGAGCAGGUAGACGUGUAAACUGUUUUAAGAUCAAUUUCAGCUGAGUUUAUCCGUCCCAUGACGAAGAAGUACUUAUUGGCCUUAUGUUGGAAGUGCCUUGAAAGACCAAAUAUUUAUUAGUAACAAAAUAAAAAAUAUUCUUUCUUAAAUGUAA